CGUUGGUGUAAACACAGAAGGUUAGUUCUGACAGCGGCAUGGUUGGUUAUCCGACAGGGAGUACUUUACUUAUGGUUCUGUAAUAAAUCAGCGCAUAAAGGAACGGCGUUUUAUUUCAUACACAAGCACAAGAAAGUGCGAUGUUCAGUAGAGGUGGUGGAAAUGUACAGGCUGUUUUAAAUCAGCUCGGCUUCGGCUGGUACCAAAUGCGGGUGAUCAUUUUCGUUGGCAUCGCUCAGUCCACUGACACGAUGGAGGCUGUGAUUCAAGCGAUUUUGGGUCCUACUCUCCGCUGCGAAUGGAACCUUGAUUCGGGCCAGAUUGCAUUACUUGGAACUAUGGUGUUUUUAGGGGUGUGCAUCGGUUCACCUCCUCUUGGCUAUGUUUCGGAUCAUCUUGGAAGAAAAAAUCUUAGUUUGCUCUGCUGCAUUGCCUUUAUAUACAUGACCUUGUUAUGUGCCACUGCACCAACUUUUAACUGGCUUGCCGCUUUACUGUUCAUAUCCGGCCUGUAUAUAGGUGGUCUAUUAACCGCCGGAGGUUCCUUGAUUUCAGAAUUUCUCCCAGAAAGUCACCAAGCAACUGGUCAGUUGCUCGUUUGUUUAUUCGAUGCCUGCUUGGGAAUGUACAUAGCUGGAAUUGGUUUUUGUUGUCUCAUCACCCAUCUGAGCUGGAGAGUAUUUCUGUUGCUUGCAACGCCGCCGUUAAUUAUAUCAGCUACUGGGUUAUCCUGUUUCCUCCAUGAAUCGCCUGUUUUACUUACCCAUUGGGGUAGACGGGUUGAAGCAGCACAGGUUCUAGACGCAGUGGCCAAAGUGAACCACAGUAUCCCUAGUUCCCAGGACCAAGCGUCUGGCGUUCCAAAGACUCCUUACAGUUUUGUCGGCCGGCUACAUGACGGAGAAGCUGAAAAAGAUAGGUUCUAUUCAUCCGGAGUUUUUGUUCUACUGAAACUAUUUGUGAAGGCCUACCGACUCUCCACACCUUUAUUAAUGGCAAUUAGUUUCAUAUGGGGUGUAAUCAUGUACGGUGGAACGACGUUGCUUCCCGUCGAAAUGCCAUUGACCGAUCGGAAAUGCAUACAAUCCAUUUGGAGAAGCUCAAUGGAACACGCACAUCAUGAAGGCCGGAUGCAAACGGGAAACCAAGAUUGCUGCACACCGCUACUCAGAGAGGGUUACAUAUCAUUACUGGCCUCAAUGGUUGGCAGCAUCCUGAGCUUCCCGAUAGCGCUGAUAUUCAUCACGUUACUCGGCAGACGAUGGACUAUCAACGUGUGCUUUUUUCUCACUUCUGUGAUGUUCUUUGCUGAGACAUUUUGUAUGCAAACCAACGUGAUCCACGUGAUGCUGUUUAUAACCCGAGCAGUGGCCUCCGCCGGAAACAAUGCAACAACCAUUUAUCUAACCGGACUAUACUCCUCUCGUAUUCGAAGCCUCGCGUAUGGCGUAAUGUCAACCUCUUACCGCAUCGGUGUGCUGACUUCACCUUUCCUGGGACAGAUAUUUCUGCAGCGUUCCUCAGUUCUGGGGGCGAUAUUGAUCUUCUCGUUCCUGGCAGCUAUUGGGUUUGUUGUGAGUCUGUUUCUACCACAUUCAGAAGUGGAGCGUAAACGGAAAGUAUGUGAGCCAAGAAAAAUAUUCAAAAACGUAUUCAAAUCCCGUGCACCUAUCACAGAAGAGGCUGCGACAGCUGCGGCUUCCGGUAACCACAACGAAAACGAUGAGAAGACGGAUGAGAGCAGUUCAAAUGAGAGCACGUCACAAGUAUGCACACAAUCAAGUGCUCAAGAUCUUGGUCGGACUACAGCGUAAGAUUGAGACUCCGCAAACUGCACGAGCUUUUCAUACUGUACAUAUAUCAAUCACCGGGUUAUUAAUUCCCACGUUAUUCAUCGUUAAGUGAUAUUCCAAACAUAGAUUUCUCAUGU